AUGCGUAUCACAGUAUGGAAUAUCAACGGUCUUCGGACACUCAAAGGCUACCAGCCGUGGUACAAGCUACCUGACUGGGAAGCCUGCCUCGAUCAUCUCGGAGCAGAUAUUGCCUGCUUUCAAGAAACCAAGAUGACGCGCAAACAGCUCACCGAACCAAUGUGCAUCCUUCCAUCCUACAACGCUUUUUUCAACUUCCAUCCGACCAAAGGUUAUUCAGGCACCGUGACGUACGUGCGCAAGAGCGUCUCGAUCCCUCUCAAAGCGGAACAGGGUAUUACCGGACGACUUUCCGUUACCAACGUGUCUACCAACCCUUUGAUACCCAACGAUCCCAUCGGUUGCAUUCCCGCUGAUACUCGAGACGAUGUUGAUGCUCAAAUUUGGAAUGCGCUCGACGAAGAAGGAAGAUGUGUUCUACUCGAUCUCGGCCUCUUUGUGCUGUUCAAUGUAUACUGCCCAAAUGAAACGGGCCCGGAACGACUGGAGUACAAAAUGACCUACUACCAGUGCCUAGCCGAAAGAGCACACCGUCUCAUCCAGGAAGGAAGACAAGUGAUGAUCGUCGGCGAUAUGAACAUCAUCCGGGAUCCGAUCGACCACUGCGACGCAGAACAGAGCAUCAAGGAACAUGGCUGGGACGAUUUCCAUCAGCAUCCUGCCAGGUCGUGGUUUCAGAGCUUCCUCGCGCCUCAUGGCAAGUUUCACGACGUCGGCAGGAUGUACCAUGCUGACAGGAAGAAGAUGUUCACAUGCUGGAACACGCUCAUCGACGCAAGACCGGCGAACUACGGAGUACGGCUGGAUUACACUCUGGCGACAGAGGGGAUACUUCCCUGGAUCAAAGGAGCUGACAUUCAAGCCGAUGUAUACGGCAGUGAUCAUUGUCCCAUCUACAUCGACCUGUACGAUGAAAGGGAGAUCGACGGAAAGGUUGUCCGGCUCGUGGAUCUUAUGCAUGGUGGAAGCAACCGUCUUCCUCCAGCGCUGGCAGCUUGCCAUUAUGAUGAAUUCUCGGGAAAACAGAGGAAGCUGGCUUCUUUCUUUUGCGCUUCUCGUAAGGCAGCGUCGGCGGAAAGCAACAACCCAUCGAACCUGGUAACCAAGGAGCAGAGGCAGAUGCCAAUCAACGCUGAAGGUAGCGCCGAUGUGAAAAGCCUCAAUGACGGCUUUGCGACAAGCCAAGCGUCCUCUCCGACAAAAGUAGACACAGAGAGCGCAGGGAGCUCACUGGUCGAUUCUUUGUUUGCACUGCAUUCGCAACAGGAAGGGCUUGACAUGCAAGAUGCAUCACAGGCGCGCAAUUCUGCUUCAGCUCUUAGCUCUGUAGUGACGGCACAGCAAGUAUUGGCCUCGACCGCGGCAGUAGCGCCUUCCGCCUCAGCGCCUGCUGCGACAACUGCUGCGUUGUCAUUGUCGCCCACUAGGGUUCUUGCAAGCCGAUCGGCAUCGAACAGCAAACGGGACUCGGCGUCUUCCCAGACAGCAUGCGCGGGGAGCAAGGGGAAAGAUUCUAUCAAAGCGAAAACCCGAGCCAGUCAGAGAGGGCAGACGAAACUGCACUCGUUUUUUGCUAAGCCAAAGAGCCUCGCACCGGUAGCGACAAACGAGACCUCCCAGCCGAUUGAUGUGUCGUCGAGUGACGGAAUGGUGGCGCCAAAAACGUCGACAUCUGGUAACACGGUCGACAACACGUCAACAGAUCCAACGCGUGAUGUGACGAAACGCCACGGCCCAAACGUUGACGAAGCUGAAGAUGCCAUUUGCGACUUGAACGAAUUCCAGGCGACUACCCCACCGACGCAGCCGUUACCACCUAACGAGCAAUCGGCAGCAGAUCGCGUUGGCACGUCUCUUGCAUGGGGCGCCAUAUUCUCACCCAUGCCCGCCCCACUGUGUCGCAACCACUCGGAACCGUGUCGUGCAUGGACCGUCAACAAACCGGGUCCCAACCACGGUCGCAAGUUCUGGCUAUGCAAUCGACCCGUAGGACCAGGGUACGAGAAAUCCGGACGUGCAAAGGGCGAUGUGAAUCCAGAGUACAGGUGUAAUUUCUUUGUGUGGGAUUCCGAUUUGCGCAGUAAGAAAAACAAGCCAGGUAGAGAAAGUAAAGACGAAAAGUUUUUCAGCGAGGUGCGGAAGGAGAGAGGUAAGAAGCAGAACGGCCAGCAGACCGGUGACGAGUUGAAUGGUCCAUGGGGUCCGCACAAACGUGUUCGAACGGGCGAUACCUAA